AUGUGGCCGAAAAUUGUCUGUGGCUACGACGCCGGGGGUCUGCAAAUUCGAUUGCCCCAGACGGUACUGUGGCUCCUCCUCUUCAACGCUAUGGUUGCCGAGUCGGCCAGACCGAGCUGGUUCUUAGAAGGCGGCCCGCUGCAGUUGCAAAGAUGGCUGCAGGGGCGGCCUAGUCUGCCUGAGGACGCCUGCUUGGAGAUCCGCAACAACGAACGACUCGACUGCAACCCAGAGACUGGCGCCUCACAAAAACAGUGCGAAGAUCGAGGCUGUUGCUGGCUGGCGCCGAGUCCCGGCAUAAAUGGAAUGCCUCACUGCUUCUUUCCGGCCGGUUAUCCGAGCUUCAGGGCGGUUCGGGUGGCCGAAACAGAGCGCGGCUAUCGAGUGAGUCUGGAGAAACAGGGGCCCAAAUACAUGCCGGAGGAGGAGUUCACUCGCGCCCAGGCCGAGGUCACCUACGAGACUGCCAGUCGUCUGAGAAUCCGCAUCACCAUGCCCGAGGUCUCACCGGACCGCUGGGAGCCGCCGAUCCCAUUGUCCCGACCGGACAAACAGGCGCCAAAAAGACGUGACUACAAACUGGUGUUCGAGGAGAAGCCGUUCGGCCUAAAGGCAAGUCGCCCAUGCAUCACCAUCAUCCUUUGGAUAGUCUUUAAGUCCUGUUGA